CGGACGCAUCAACCUGUUGCUUGGCUUAGUGUCUGUCGAGUAGUGAUAGCGUAUAGUCGGUCCCGAACAUCACAGACCAGGCUACACGGACGAAUACUUAGGUGGAAGGCAGUGGACGUUAUAUAGAGUGGUCGAGGGUGAGAUGACGCGGACACCUGUAUGAGAGUCGAUCAGCGGCAUGAGUCGCAUGAGAGGUCGCCAUCAGUUCAAGCGACGGUUCAGUCUUCAGCCGUCCUCGUUCCUCAGGGAAGAACCGUCCACAAAUCACAGGACAGAGAGCUAUGCGGAGGAGGACGAGGCCGCAGAGAGCGCGGACACUGUGGGUAAACCGACAAGACUCACACGGCAUAAGAUAGUAGUGAUGGGCGCCGCCAAAGUGGGCAAGAGUUCCUUGAUAUCACAGUUCCUCUACGGCACCUUCAGUGACAAAUACAAGCGCACCGUCGAGGAGAUGCACGAGGGAGACUUCUGCAUGCCUGGCUGUGGCGCAGGACUCACCCUCGAUAUCCUGGACACCUCAGGGGCCUACGAGUUCCCCGCCAUGAGAGCUUUGUCCAUCUCCUCAGCGGACGCCUUCAUUCUGGUGUACUCGGUGGUAGAUUCAGCCAGCUUCGAGGAGGCGAGGGUGAUCCGUGAGCAGAUCCUGGAGACUAAAGGAGGAGCUGUUCCUAUUGUGGUUGUAGGCAACAAGAUUGAUCUUGCUGAUGAAAAGCGAGAGGUGUCAGUAGAGAUGGCGGAGUCCGUUGUGACAGUGGACUGGGAGAAUGGUUUCGUGGAAGCGUCUGCAAAAGAAAACACAAACGUAAACAAAGUAUUCAAGGAGUUAUUAGUUCAAGCAAAGGUCAAGUACAAUUUGAGUCCUGCGCUGCGGCGGAAACGACGACAAUCCUUACCUCCUCCACAACACCAGGCUGGUAACCCUGCCAUCCCCUCUGCAGCUCAGUUGGCUCAUCUACGCAGCAUCCAGGAGCGUCACACUGGGGCUGGUGGCAAACGUAACUCCUGCUCGAUAUCUUAAACUUGAACCGCUAGUUUGCAGUCUAUUGACUUGUAAACUGUAUAGUUUUGUUCUUUGAAUUAGUUGCAAUAGUUUGAUUUAUUUACUUUUAUUCUUUGAUGAUCCAUCAUACUAUAUCUACUCUCAUACACAAAAGGCUCAGCUACUGAUCGAGAAGGCCUGCUGUUGCAUACGCAUAUGUUAUAUAUUUAUCAUGUUCAUAGUUUUGUAUUUCCUUCUACUAACUAAAAUGUUAGAUAAAAAUAUCACAAGCAAUCUGUAACUUAUUUAAAUUUGAUAACUUUUGCCAGUUUUUUACGUAUAUAAAGAGUAAAUAUUACCCUACACAAGUGGCAACUAGUUUAACUAGGUAUAUGGAUAAUCAUUUUAUAUUGCAGGUGAAAAUAAUUAUGUACAGGAAGAUUUUGUAUUGUUCUUCCUAUUAUUUUGUUCUUAGUAUGUGCAUGGAUAUCAUUUGUAAUCACCUUAUAUAAUACAAAUAUUUUACUCUUAUAAGAUUUUUUCACGAUCCGUUUUUUAUCAGUAAAAAUGUGGCCUAUGAGCAUGGCAUGUGUUUUAAAUAUUAUUAUGUGUCGUGCAUAUUCUUGUGUGGUUAAAAUUUUACUUCUAUUUAGAAAAAAUAAGUUAUAACUGCUUCACUGUAAUUUACGGCUAAAAUACAGCUUUUAAACUUCCAAGAAAACCAUUAAUUAGUCAUUCGUCCCUCUCUGAGCUUUUCUAGCUAUCAGCAGAGCCUAAGUAUUCAUAAUAGGAUAAAUAAUUUAAAAUCUUAAAAUUAAACAUCAUACUUGGUCAGAUAAGUGUUCAAGAACUUUCCUUCGAAACAUGGAUAUUAUUUUAAUGUUAUGGAAUCCUGCUUUACUGAAUGUUUCUUGGCUGAACUCUUUACCAUAUGAACUCUUUACCACAUGAACUCUUUACAUGUGCCAUACAAUGUCACAUUUGUUCAGUAAUGUUGGCAUUGAAACUCUGCUAUAAAACUCAGAGAAAGAGAAGUAUCUCAUGGUAAAAAAUUAAAGAUUAUCUUUUUAUUUCACCAUUCUGGAAAGAUUUGUAAAGAUAUUAGCUAAAAACUGUAUGAAUCGUUUAAAGAAACACAUUUGAACAGUUAUAGCUUGUCUUGUAUGCAAAUAUAUAAAAGUGAUUUUGUGUUACAGAAGUGUCAAUCCGUUAUGAAGGAUUCCAUUUCAUCACCUUAAUUUUCAUCAACUUGCAGUAACAUUUUUUGUCUGGAAAUUUGAAACACUUACAGAGUCAUACUGAUAUAAGUUACAAUAUUACAUUAUUAGCAUUUCCAAAUUAUCAAAGGUGCAGGUUAAAAUACUUUUCGAUUUACAUUUGUUAAGGAUGUCCUCAAGUUAUUAAUAUGUGUGAGUUAAAUCCAUAAUACUGAAUGGAUAAAAAGAUAUUUUUUGUCUUUGUAAGGCAAACUAUAAAAGAGUGAACUAGACCCUUGUGUGACAUUUUAGAUAAUUAAUAACAACGACCAUUAGUUGAAUAGGCUUCGAUAAAUGUUUGUAUGGUAUGUUUAGGUUAUUUUUUGUUUUAUUAACUGGAUUAUAUAGUUAAAACAACAGUUUCAGUUAAGUUUUCAAGGGUGUUUCUAAAUUAUAAUAGAUUUUCAAUCUUCUCUGUAAGUAUGUCUUUGUUAUUUGGCUAUAAACCGGCUCCAAGUCACUACCCGGACUCUAAUCUGGAUCGAAGGAAUAAAACAAAACGAUCGAGUUCAAUAAUGCUCUAUUGUACCUGUUAACGUGUCUACAGAUAUAUAGUAAGUAUAAAUUUUAUGAAAAAUCAAAUAUUCCCCCUCCAUUGGUAUAAUACGUAGUUAUGUAUGAAUGAAAAGUCAAACUCUCUUGAUAUAUGAAUAUAUAAUUAUGUCUCUAUUUAUCAAACAAUUCUUACUUAUCAUUAAUAAACAAUCGUAAAAGAAUAAUGGAUAUAUUAAUCCACUCUUUGAACUACCUCAAAUUGUUGAUUAUAUAAAAUGAUACGUUUUAAACCAAUAAUAUACAGUCAUUUUUUACUAAAUAGUUUUUUUUAAUCUAUUAUCAGCGUCAUGUAUCAAGCACAGAAUUAUUUAUUACUUCCAUAAUUUGUGACCCUCACCGAAAACCCAAUUAUAAUAUGGAAAGCUAUCUUUUUAUAGUCUUGGACAUUCAAACUACUGUAUAUUUUUAGAUAUUUUAAGGUAAGCUACUUUAACACUUUACAUGUUUAAUUUAAAAUAUUAUGUACAAGUUCUAUUUUAUAUCAUACUUAUUCUCAAUAAUUUUCCCCCUAGCCUAAGGGUUAUAGGAGUUUCCAAAGGCCUGUAUACAGUAUGUCCAACUAAGUGUGAAUUUAUGUGUAUUAUACAAACUGUGUGAAUAAAAGAUGUAUCGGGUAACAAGCCUUUUGACUAGAUGUAAUUUUUUAAAGUUAAGUAGUAUAAUAAUUAAUUGGGUUUUUAGUCUAAUUAUUGAGCACCUUAGUUGUAUUUUUUUACAUCUAAUGUAUGUUUAAAAUUCAUAAAAUUAAUAAAACAUUUUAAAUGCAAAUAUAUAAAUUUAUAACAAUAUGUAUUUUUAUUUUUAAAACAAUUUAUAACUUUUAAUUUAUUUCGAUUGCACUUGCUUUAUAUAUUGUUGUAGUAUUUUUGUGCACUUUACAAAGACACGAUUGUGAAAAUAUUAUGAAUUAAUACUUUCACAAACAUUCGUGACAUUAAGGGGUUUUCAUGUGAAUAGUUUUGAAUUUGCAUUCAGGUAACAUUUAUAAUUGUUUCAUUUGUCACUAGUUUAAUCUUUGUGUUCCACUGUAUAGUUUUGGAUGAGAGUUCGUUUAAUAUUUUAGUUAUGAUAUAUCGAAUAGGACGGAUUAGCACCAUAGCCAUUCAGAGCUCAGGAUGAUAUGGUUACGGUGCUUUUGGUCCACAUUGGUUUUGAUAUAAACAAAAUAAAGUGACAACACGUUCCCACCUAAAUGUAUAUUGAUAGUAUAUUUUACCUUACACAAGCAUGAGAUUUAACUCUUGUAUACCUGGCAAAAGAAUUCCCACAGCAUUUAUAUACCGGCUGAAAUUAUUCUAGCUUCAGGUUAGGAUGUCUGGCGUAGUGAGAGACAGUGGUCAUAGUAGUAGUAGGGAGGUCUCACAGGCCUUUUACAAUUGUAUUGGUAAUAAAAGUGUUUUAUGCAAACCCAUCAAAUGUGUACCAACCCACUAAAUUUUGAUUCAAAAUAAUUGUAUAUCUGUAAUUGGUUUUGAUUUAAUUGUAUUUUCUAAAUUUAUAUAAACUAUUACAUCCAAUUAAAAAUAACGCUAGUCCUAUUUGUAAUAGGCUAUUCAGUAAUGUAGGUGCCACACUAUAUCGAAACCAAUGUGUCAGUUUCCUGUAGAAUUACAGUUAAUAUGAGUGUAAGAAUAGUUUAGAUGAGUGUAAAUAAGUGUAAAUAUCCAACAGAAUACACCAAUUACUGUUUACUGUGUUAAUAUGGUUGCGGCUAUAAGUGGAAGCUGGACUUUCUAAACUAAUAUGUGUCAUAAACCGUGACUAUAAAAUCAAUUAUUCUUCUUGAUAUAUGUAUAUAAA